UAAAUUCAUUGUGGGAUGUGGGUAUACUACGGAAGAUGGAAGUAGCCGUUUGCCAGCGGUGUUGGUGAACCAGCAGCAGAAGCCGAUAUGUUACUUCUCAGCCACUGUCUGGUUAUUUGACAAAAGCUUCUGAUAAAGACUAAUUAUUAGUACACGAUGGAAGCAGAGGCUCCAACCCACAGUGAAAGAAGUGAAGACACCACACCGAGCACAUCAAGUACAUCAGGUCAAGGAGAAGAUGGACCAAAGACCAAGAAGUCAUCUUUGAAGAGGACAACUAGUAAACCUACAAAUGCAAAGGCCAAGAAGCGUAAAAGAGUCUCCCGGCCUGUCCCGCUGGGCUACACCGUGCAUCAAGGGGAGGAUAUGCUUCUGGUCAUAUCCAGUUCCACUUCUCAGUACGCCGGCUCGGCUUGGACCCCCCCAAAGAAGGGAAGCAAAAAAAAGAAGCUUACUAAAGGAAAAGGAAAAGCUAGUCAGAUUAAGAAACAAAAGACAGUCCAUCCCAAACCUAAAGUGGCAAAUAAUCCUGUUGUGAAGAAAAAAGAGGACACUAAUCUGUUUGUACCACAGAAAACAACAGACCACAGAUGGGGUCAGAGUCUCCCUGAGGAGGUGCUAGUCAGUAUUUUUCAGAUGGUGGUGGUCCAGGAUGGCGCUGUACCAUUUCUCUGCAGGGUGGGACGAGUUUGUCGCUUGUGGAACACUGCUGCCUCCAGUCCGGUCCUGUGGCGUAAAGUUACUGUGGGUCACUGCUGGAUUGCACCAGGGAAAACCCAGCUACCUAAAACUGAGAUGAAGAUUAAGGAGACUUUUGAUUGGAUGGCACAGAACAGAUUCUCUCAGCUACGAAACUUCUCUCUCUGUCACUGGAAAAAGAAUGUCACCUAUGCAGUGGAGGUUGUGUCGCAGUUUUGCCCCCACCUCCGCUCCCUCAAGAUCUCCUACUGUACAGGCCUGGCAGCGACAGCCUUCCACAGCCUCGGUCUGCACAGCCAGUCUCUGCAGGGCAUAGAUCUGCAGCACUCAGAGUUUCAGGUUGAGGGGGUCCUGGAGUAUCUUGAAAAUCAUGGGAGCCAGAUCAAGCAGAUUCUGUUCACUCAUGGAAUAAAGAAUGACAGACUUCUGUCAGCGAUCACCAAGGGGAGCUGUCCUGAUUUGGAGUUGUUGGAGGUCAACACAAAGCUAGACAGUAAAGAUUGUGAACUUCCUGUUUUCAUCCACGCACUACACAUGGCAUGCCCUAAACUCAAGACCUUCCGGAUGCUGAAUGUGAGGCCCCUGCAUAAGACGAUGCGUAAUAGUGCAGAUUCAACAUUAGGCUUCCCGUUACUGGAGGAGCUGUGUAUCGCAACCACCUCUUAUUCCUACAUGACUGAUAAAGAUUUGUGGGACAUCCUGUUUGGCUCCACCAGGCUGCGGGUGCUGGACCUGCGAGGCUGUUCACGAAUCACACCAUCCGGUCUCUCAUCACUACCCUGUCUUGAACUGGAGUGUCUGUUCUGGGGACAGUAUUUCUGCAGCAAUGUUGGGUUAUCAUCACCGAAGAAGGAGCUUCACAUGGUCACCCAGAAAUGGAGUCGAACACUGCAACAGCUUGACAUUGCAAAUCAGCUCUUCUCCGAGGAGGACCUGGAGAUAGCCAUGAGUCAUCUCGCUCAGGCCUCAGAGGCAGAUACCCUCCAUUCACUGAACCUGAGUGGGACCAGGAUCACACCACCUGCCCUCAGGCCAGUCAUCGGCCAAACAACGGCUCUUAGGUACCUUAACCUUUCAUCCUGCCGCUAUCUUCCAAGAGGAAUAAAGAGAAUUUACCGUGGCCAAGAAGACAUUCGCCAGCUGCUGGACAAACUGUAGUGGUUGUCACAUUUAUUCGGGAUUCAAAAAUCAGAAUCCGAAAGGCUUAUUUCAAUGUCUUAAAAACAUGGAUUGUUUUUUAAGGAAUGUCGUCAAUAACUGAUAUUAAAUAUAAAACUUUAACAUGUCACUUUAAAGUUUGUAAUACUGUCCUUCCACUAGAGGGUGCUGCACUUUUAAGCUUAAUUUACAGAAAGACCAAAUGCUUUCUUGCUGCAUUCACAUAUUUGUUACGGAUAUACAUUUAAGUGUUUCCAAUUGAGAGACAUAUUUCACACUCUUGUUUGAAAUAAAACAAAUGUUUUUCA